AGCAUAAUACAAUACGUACUGCGGGAAAACGUGCGCGCGAGGGGUCGUGACUGUCCAUCAGGUUGGGGUUUUUUUUAGAGCCGGUUUAUAAAGACUUUAAAUUUGUGUGGGGGAAAAUGGUACGUAAAUUAAGAUUUCACGAGCAGAAGCUCUUAAAGAAAGUAGAUUUUAUUAACUGGGAAGUGGACAACAAUCUGCACGAGGUGAAAGUGUUGCGGAAAUACCGCAUCGAGAAGAGAGAAGAUUACACCAAGUACAACAAGCUGAGUCGCAGCAUCCGAGAGCUGGCCCAGAAAAUCCGUGACCUGGACGAGAAGGACGGUUUCAGAGCUCAGUGCACGGCACAGCUGCUGGAGAAACUCUACAGCGUGGGCCUGAUCCCAGCCAAACAGAGUCUGGCUCUCGCAAAUAACGUCACCGCGUCAUCCUUCUGCAGGAGGCGGUUGCCGUGGGUGAUGCUGAAACUGCGCAUGGCUCAGAACAUGAAGGACGCCAUCACGUUCAUCGAACAGGGACAUAUUCGUGUCGGCCCUGAGAUCAUCACAGAUCCUGCAUUUCUGGUCACAAGGAACAUGGAGGACUUUGUGACCUGGGUGGACUCGUCCAAGAUCAAGCAACACGUCAUGAACUACAAUGAGGAGCGCGAUGACUUUGAUCUCGUGGUUUAAAGCUGCUGUAGUGAUUUUCAGCCAUCCGGAGAGCCAGAGCAGGGAAUCGGGAGCUGCUCGGGAUCUACACUCAGAUGAACAACCCGGAGAACAAGCGAACACGUCAUCAACACAUUUCUGCUAAGAAACGUGUUUACACACACACAUGCGUGAACAGGAGAGUGCUAGAUUGAGAGCUUUUACACCCUGGUAUUGUGUUGAGUGGAAAAUAUUUAUUAGAGAAGGAUAAAAAUGUAAACGUUUUCAUGGACAUCAAAAGUUUAUACAGUUUGUAAUGCAGGUUUUCUAUCUGAUAUGAACAUCAUUUUUUUUUUUUUUUUUUUAAACACAUCAGAAUAUUUUAUUUUUUCACAUAAUACAUUAUUUCAGGUAACCAUUAUUGUUCAGUUUAACGUCAUUUUUAAAUAAUGUGAUAUUGAAAGAAAAAGGUGUAUCCUGAAAACCGUGUAAAUUUAAAUACUACCGCACAAACGAGAACAAAAUGCAAUACACAAUAGGUCACAUCACUUCUGAUCAUAGAGAACUGUCCAUCAUCAUAAUAUUGCGUACUGAACAUCGCUUUACGUAUCAGUCCAUCAGCUAGCAAUCUAAUUAGAGAUCAGCACAGAGAGUUGCUUCGUAAAACUCGUUUUAAUGGAAUAGGGACCAAACGUAGAGCUACAUUUCAAACAAGUCAUUGCUAACACAAUACAGAAAGAUCAAUAACAUCUUAAUUUGCAUAAAUAAUUAAAUAAAAUACUUCAAGUGUUGCCAGAAGCGGUGAUCUGCGGGGUCCAGGCACCUUUCGAAAGUAGGCUAUAUUGCAUACGACAUUAAAAAGGCCACAGUUUAGUGACGAAAGUUCAAUGCUAACCCUGUGAAAUGCCUGCUGAAAUUUGAUUGGCUGAAGGUGGCCAUAUGUUUUUAGUGUAAUCAAGUCAUCAUUAGAAACUCACUCACAGAUUAGCGCAAAGAUGAAGUACACUAAGUCUCAGCUCUGUGAAAACAUACAAAUAUGCAAUCCUUGAGUUGCCUUUUAAAGAAAAGGGGCGGAGCUUUCCCCACUGCGGGUGGAGCUUGUUUCAGGGCCAGAAAAAUCUAUAUAGUGCCUUAUAUGAAGAACUGAGCCAAAUGAUCAGAAUGGAAAUAUUAAAACUCCCGGUGUUUCUACAGUGUCUAUAGAAGGGGAAGGGUAUGAGUGUUACCCAUGUAGAAACGCUUUCAAACAUCACACACACUGCAACUUUGACUAAAUAAAAAUUGAUUCGGGGAUCAUUUUCACCCAAAACAUCAAA